AUGAAGGGGUUCUUCAUCGGUCCCAGUUCCGACCAGGCCUUCGAAGUCCUAUGUAGCUAUAUGGACUCGGACGAUUUUAUCAGGGCCGACGUGCUCACAGACGAGGGGCAGUCACCAUGGGAGACCGCCUUCCACCGGGAGGUACGCCGCCUCGAACGUGAUGCGCCACGUUCGUGCUAUCUCACGCUUUUGGGCAUGGGCAAUAACGGUACCCUCGCCCAAAGUGGUGGUGUCGGGACUAGCAUGGGUGGACGCACUUCCCGGUCGCGUGUUGUGCCCGAGUGA